UAAUUCUUAUAUUAUAUGGAUAAAAAUCUCAAACUCCAAACUCUGGUUCUCCAUUUUCUCAAUUCUCGCCUCACUCUCCCCAUUAAACCUUCAACUCCUCUUCCAAACUCUUUGAUGGCGGAGAAUAGAGUUUCUAUGCCAUAUACUGGACACCUGGUUCUCUUUUCUUACCCUUAUCAAGGUCACAUAAACCCCAUGAUCCAGCUAGCUCGCACACUCCACAGCAGGGGUUUCUUCAUAACAAUAGUCCACACGGACUAUAACGCUCCUCACCUCGAGCCUAGUCCUGGGUUCAGUAUCGAGUCCAUUUGCUUGGGCCUAUCGAACCAGGAGGCUCGGGAAAUGGACAAAGUGGAGCUCGUUCUCGUUCUAAAUGAGAAAUGCAGGCCCCCAUUUCGAGCUUUAAUGGAGGAUUUGCAGUCGAGAAAGGGUGGGGUCCCUGUUUCUUGUCUGAUAACUGAUGCGGUGAUGUAUUUUACACAGGAUUUGGCUGAAGAGCUUGGAAUCAAGAGAAUGGCCUUCAGAACGAGUAGCUCUACCUCGACUUUGGGGUUUCAGGCCAUCAGAGAGAAGGGUUAUCUUGAUGAAAGAGCUGAUACUUCUGACGAACUGGUCCCUGAUCUCUCUCCCAUCCGCUUCAAAGACCUCCCCUUUGUCAAGACAAAAUACCCAGACUAUUUCUCUUUAUUCAUCUCGAGCUUCACCAGCAAAUCCUUCAGAGCCUCGGCCUUGAUCUUCAACACCUCCGAUUCCCUUGAAAGCCCUGCCCUUGAAAAAAUCCGACCACAAUGUCGCGGACCUGUCUAUGCCAUUGGCCCCUUAAACUUGCCAUCAUCCUCAAGCAUCUUACUAGAGGACGAUAAAUGUAUCUCUUGGCUCGAUACGCAACCCCCCAGAUCGGUUGUAUACACAAGCUUUGGGAGUAUAGCCGGCCUGGACUCAAGCCAAGUGAUGGAGAUAGCAUGGGGCUUGGCUAAUAGUGGGCGCCCCUUCUUGUGGGUGGUGCGCUCAGACUUGGUUAAUGGGCUUAAUACUGCUGGUCUUCCUAGUGGAUUCAUGGACCAAGUGGGCUCGUGUGGGCUCGUUGUUGAAUGGGCUCCUCAAAAAAAAGUGCUCGCCCAUCGAGCCGUGGGUGCAUUUUGGACUCAUUGUGGGUGGAACUCAACACUUGAGAGCAUAUGCGCUGGUGUGCCCAUGGCUUGUUGGCCUCAGUUUAGUGAUCAGAGAGUGAAUUCGAGGCUGAUAUGCCAUGUUUGGGGGGUGGGGGCGGAGAUGAGGCGAGAGGUGGAGAGAGGAGAGGUGGAGAUGGUGGUGAGGAGGUUGUUGGAGAGAGAAGGGGAGGAGAUGAGAGAGAGAGCAAGCGAAUUGAAGAAGGUCGUAGAGAAAAGCUUGGGGAAAGGGGGCUCAUCUUAUGAUGCUUUGGAGUCCCUCAUUUUACAAUUGAUGUCUUGCUAAGCCACAAAUUUAUUUCCAAAUUUAAUUUUAAUUGGGGUCUUUGUGAUUUUAUUGCAGGUAAUUUGGCUUUGAAGGAUGAAUAUUAAAUUAUUCCUAAUUGUUCCCUCA